UCAAUCUUUUCAAUCAAUUACUUCAAAUAUUCACUCAUUCAUUUCAUGACAUUGACAGUCGGGCUACAUUGAGACGUCCCAUUUUUAUUAAUUUUUAUUUGUGGUUUACAAAAUGUUGUAAUGGAAAUAAGUACAUCAAUAACAAAGACUUUUGUUUUCGUUAGAAUAUGUUAUUAAUAAAAUAAAACAGUGAGGUCUACUUUAACGCAGAUCAGGAAUUGAAAGAUAGAAAACCUUUUUCUGCUAUAUUGUGUUUUUUUAUUUGUUUUCACGUAAAUACAAUAUAUUUUGAUGAUGGAUACGACGACGGGAUCUAUUAACAACGAGGUGAAUGUGGACAAUGAAGAGGAGAUUAUUGACGACUCGGAAGAGAGAGAACUGGUGGCGGACUCGUGUUCCACCAAGGUCCUGGACACCGCAGAGCAGCCCCGCGACAGAUACAACUUAGUCUACAUUUUAUUCUAUUUAUUCGGGAUCACUUCACUAGUCCCAUGGAAUUUCCUUAUCACUGCAAAUGAUUAUUGGAUGUACAAGUUUCGAGAUGUAAACCCGAAUAAUGUGACCAUGUUCACUGAGGUCAGGAAGUCUCAGUUCCAGGCUGAGUUUACCUCGUAUCUAAAUGUGGCCACUGCAAUCCCUAACUUGAUAUUCCUCAUCUUAAACUCUCUGUAUGGGCAUCUAGUUUCAAUGAAGAGUAGACUGCAGGGUUCUCUGUUUAUAGUGACACUAGCAUUCCUAGUGACCACAGCUCUUGUACAAGUCGACACUGAUGACUGGCAGAAUGGUUUCUUCAUCAUAACAAUGGUGACAGUGGUGAUCAUGACAGCGGCCAGUGCGGUGUUCAUAGGAGGCUUAGUGGGCAUAGCGAGUCGUUUCUCCAAAGAAUACAUGGCAGCGGUGGUCAGUGGCCAAUCCUUGGGUGGAAUCCUGGCCGCGGUAGCUCAAAUCAUAUCUCUGGCCUUUAAAAUAUCGCCGCUCCACAGCGCCCUCAUAUACUUCGUUAUAGCAGACUUUAUGGUCAUCAGCUCUUUAGUGUCAUAUGCUAUGCUGUACAAGAUUGACUUCUUCACUCAUCACAUACUUAGAGGCUGUGGAGGCAUGGCAGUCAAUAGACAUCGAGAAGUUACCAUGAAAGUGAUAUUGAAGAAGAUUUGGGUGUACGCAUUCAGUAUUUUCGCUGUGUUCGCUGUGAGCAUGGCCGUUUAUCCAGCUGUGACUGUGCUGGUUGAAUCUCAUCCAGUGACAAAGGGGACAGAUUGGAACAAUAUAUAUUUCGUGCCGGUAGUCAAUUAUUUGAUCUUCAACUGUGGAGACUAUUCCGGCAGGCUGGUAGCUGGGUUCAUUUUACGACCGGAUAACCAGUGGGCGAUAGCCGGCGCGAGUAUUCUCCGUAUAGUGGGCGUGCCCAUGUUGAUGUUGUGCAACGCUCAGCCGCGUCGGCACCUGCCCGUGCUGUUCCUCUGGGACUGGGAGUAUAUACUGAUCAUGAUAGUGUUCGCCUUCACCAACGGCUAUCUCACCAAUAUCGUCAUGAUCAACUCUACAAGGGUGGUGGAACUCCAUGAGCGAGAGAAGGCGUCUUCAGUAAUCGCCACCAUGCUGAGUGUGGGACUCACAGUUGGCGCAGCCGUUGGAAUGCUGCUUGUACAUUUCUUAUAAACAACUGGCUUUCAUACCAGGGUCUCGAUUCUAUUUAAAGUAUAGGUUGCGGCAAACUUCUUGGGAAAACCACAGACUAAUAAUUUGCGCAGUAGAUGUUUUUGUAUGUAAAAUUGCUAUUGCGCAGGUUUCCUUGUCUCUAUGGUCGUUGCUCAAGCCGUUUGCCGGGAUAUAUCAUAAUAGCGUUUAUUAUGGUAUCUCAGCAGUUUUGAUUUUUGACACAAUAUUUUUACAAAUAUACUAAAAUCAGGCUAUACUCCCUUACUCAUAAUAUGUUGUUUUUAUCUAUAUGCAUAAUCAUAAUAAGUAUUGAGACACGAUGUUUACGUUAGGUUAGUAGAAUGGACACCUAAUUUUACCAACAUUUAUGGUCUUUAAAAUUUGCCCCAAAUACUGGGAAAAUAGCCUUUCCAUCAGAAUCAUAUAUAUCCUUUGUCAGAAUCAUAUAGUAAUUUUGGACAUGUAAGUAUGUAGAUAAAUAGUGAUAUUGCGUAUGACAGGGGUCGCCAACAUGAUAAGAUACAAGAUGUAAGUACUAUAAUAAUUUUGAAACCUUGCGCUAUGUUCCUAUUACGUUUUUUAUUUUUUUAACGAAAUCUCAUACAAUAUGUAUUAUUUUUAUAGGAGGAAAAAGAAUUUGAAAUUGUUGACCAUUAUGUAUAUUUUUUAUUAUUAUUUAGUCGAAAAAUGUAAAACUAAAAAUGUGAAUAUAUAUAAUGUGAUUUAUAUUAGUUGAGUAUUGUAUUUUUAUUUGCUAAGAAUCGUUUGACUGGUUGACCACCCCUGGUAUAUAAUAUGUAUGAUUUAAGAUAUUAUGUAUAAUAUAAUUACGACAUAAUCCUUUUAUCCUCAGCAUCAGUAGACUUCUAAUGAAGCAUACGCCGUCCCUUUAUUACCUGUAAACAGGAUCACCUAGUAGUAGAAAAGAAAAAAAUAUUCUAGAAAUAUUGUUGAUUUGAAGGAUUUAAAUAAAAUUAAAAAAAGUACAGAAUUACACAGCGCCUGUAUGUAUGUAUAUAUAAUAAACGGACAGCAGCUCGUCGGGUUGCAACAAAACGUCAACUUUCUUGAAUUGAUGUUGAACUAUGAAUAAGGUUCGAAACGAAACAGACUGCAAAAUUUCGUCAGUUUUGAAAGGACUGAUUUGAUUUACUUAUACCCAAAACAAGUAGUUUCUACUUAGUGGAGCGCAAGAUAGCCAUUAUAUAAAGAUUAGUAUUCAUUUCACUCAUUUAAAUAAGACGAUGAUUUUCGUCCUUGACCGAGUGUAAUAAAUACAAUAUUUCCCUUUUAAAAUCCAAAUUUACUUUCAGUACAUAACAGGUUGAUAACAUUAUUAAAUUUAACAUGUGUUGAUAUGAUAUAUGAUAUGUUUUAUGCUGGAAUGCUUUUAUGGAAAUUAUACCAAAAAUAAUUAUUUUUAAAUUUAAACAAUAAUUUUAUAAUUCUUUUUAUGAAUUAAGAUACGAAAUUGAUUUAAUUAUAGCAACAUUUUAUAAUAAGGGCUUAGUUAAUUUUAACGUUUAAAUACGAUGAACCUACAUUUAUGCUUUAAGUUUAUUUUUUGUAAAUACUUAGGUAAUAAUGUAUAUUUUUUAAUAUAAAUAUAAUGGUCUUUGUAAUCUCUAAAUAACGAAUUUAUUUUAUAGCAUAAAGUAUGAUGCAUUGUGCAAGUAUAACUUAACCUAAUACUUAGAAUGAAAAAUACAUGGAGCAAAAUGUUUUAAAGUCAUACUCAAAACGUCAAUUAAAUGUAAUCUUCUCAAAGUGGCAACGUCUCGAUUUAUUUUAUUAGUUGUUGCAAAUAAAAAUCUACAAAAUCAACUUUGACCGAACUUAAAACUGGGAAAUGAACCCUGGCCGCCCACAUAGCAGGCGUGCUUUCUACCACUGAGCCACGGACGCUUAUUGAUAAGGUCACAUUUUUUUAAUAACAAUUUAAAAUGAACAGAAAUUUGCGAAAUUUGCAUUGCGAUGUAAUAAAAGUUUCACUUUAAAAUAUUUACUUGUUCUGAAUGCUUUUUAAUCUGUUACAUUCCAAAUGUUACUGCCAAGAAAAUAUACUUACUUAAAUAUUCUUUUGUUUAGCAAAAGGUUAAACAAAUUAUAAAUGUAUUUUUUUUGUUUGCUCAAGGUGCUACUGUGGUGUCAGAUUUAUUUACAAACAACAUUAGUAUUUUAGUGAAAAAUGUAUGUACUUACAUAAUUAUUAUUUAAUGUAAGAAAGUAAUUAAUUAUGUAAUGAGACAUUCGGGUCUAACCGAUUGAACAUAAUGUCAAAAUACUGUUCGUACUGAUAAUGGUUUGUAAAUUAAAUAUAAUACAUAUUAGUGCAGACAACCAUAAUUCAGAUUUAAAACUGUUAAGGCACUUUAACUAAUUUUGAGCUCUGUAUAGUGUUUGACCAAAUGUAGUUUGGACAUACAUUUAACAAAUAUAUAGAUAUUACCAACAAAAUGGUGUAUGAUCGACAACAAAACAAAACUUUUAAAUAAUUUAAUAUGUGUUGGGUUAUGGGUGUUGUACCCCUAGCACGAACCAUUAUCGAAUUCGAAUGGUUUGAAGAGAGUGUCAAAUGUCAAUGUCAAAUUUUGUAUGGAAUCUUGAACAGCAGCGCCAGAAAGUACGUAACGAGAACUAUAUAUCAGUACACAUUUCACAAUGACAUUUCGGACUCGCAAACGUUACGAAUUCGAUAUUGGUUCGUGCUAAGGGUACUGUACGUUUUUGUUUACAUUUAAGUAUAAACAAGCAUAUUACUUUAAAGUAAGUAUGACAUAUUGUCUAUUUCACAAAGCGUUGUGAAUAGACAAUAUGCCAUAGACUUGUGAAAAAGUCGAAUAGCACUCGAAGCUGCAUAUCGAUGUUUCGUUUCAGCAGCUUGUCUAAUUUAAGGGUUUUGUACUAUAUGAGACAUUCACAAAUUAUGUUAUGGUAUUUUAGUCAUAUUUAUCCUAAUAUGAACUUCUAUGAUUAAAAAAAAGAGUUAUAAGUAUAUGUUGAUUUUAUGAAUAUUUUCUGAGGAAACAUUCAUAUUAAUUUAAGUAAAAAUGUAACAAUAAAUUAAGCUUCAACGUGCCUCAAUAGAGGUUAUAUUUAUUUAAUGACUUGUAAUGAAAUUGUGACUCACAAGAGAGAUAUCAUAAUCUCUUCAAAAAUAAAUGCAUGCUGUUUCAAUGAUGGCAAAUAUUCCAUUUGCAAAACAAAACCUGUUUUUUUUUUAAUGUCUCCACGUUAGCUCCCCAUUUCUGCAAUUAUUAAACCUUAACAAUUUUAAUUCUUAUACAUUUAUUCAAGUACAACUACUUUUAAGAUCUGCGUACUUUAAACGGAUAAUAAUUCCCUAGGUGAAGCCGCACACCGGGAUCAUAAAGUACAUACAUGCACGCAACAUUUACCUUGCCACAAAAUGCACGCAACAUUUACCUUGCCACAAUAUGCACGCAACAUUUACCUUGCCACAAUAUGCACGCAACAUUUACCUUGCCACAAUAUGCACGCAACAUUUACCUUGCCACAGUAUGCACACAACAAAAACUUUGCUACAAUAUGCACGCAAAUUUUUUGCUUUCGUCUCGCUACAGACGUAUCCUUGAUGUGCGUGCUUACACGCAGAUAUAUGAGGGCGAUAAAUGUGUCGCGUUUCAAAUGUGGCGCCACAAUUAUCGUAAUACAAUUGUAUGUCUGAACGUGCGGCCCGUAUUUGUUCAGAGCCAGUUACAUAUUGGAGUUUCUUUAGUCAGUAACCCCCUUAUUAAUAAACGAAGAAUAAGCUUGGAUUAGUUACUCCGUAAUAACUGCAUGGUAACGGCUAAAAAUGUACUACAUACAGUAGAUAUGCUCGAUGCUACACACGCACACAUUGACUGCUUUCAAACAAUCUGACAGAGUCACGAACAUAUUGCGCUUAACAUGAGCGCGUUAUUAAGGCCCGUAUUACAGAAUGACAACUAAGUGUUGAAUUUACUUGAGUACAGUUUGAAAGGGAUGUCGCUAUGUGCUAUAUACCUAUAGCGACAUCCCUUUCUAACUAUGCUCAAUACUAGAUCAAUCACUGAGAAUCAUUCUAUUAUACAGGCCUUAGAUUGCUCUAUUUAGGUGUGUAUAUAAUCAAAGCAUUGAGUAUUAAUCACCAUUUUCCUAUACGGUAUAUAUUCAUAGUUACUCACAGUAACUGUAGUGCGAAAGAGCCCUUUACAUUAAAAAUAUACAGGUAAUUUGAUUGUCUACUUAUAAUUGUUAAUCAAAAUAUAAUAAUAUUCUAAAGAUUAUAAUCGAUUUCUGUGAAAAAUUAUCUUAAAAGAUAUAUUAUUAAAAUAAAAUAAAUUUUAAUAAUAAAAAGCUGUGUCACAGAUCUCAGUUAAUAAUACAUUUAUCAAAGAAAAACCUAUAAAUAUGUAGAUAGUUUGUUAAGCAUUUCCAUGGUUAGCAUAGUCUGAAAAUGUUUAGAAUUGUACCUGAUUUUUGUCUCAAUUUUAACCAUUUGUCUAACUUUUGAUUAUUUAUAUGUAAUAAUAAUUUUGUAUACCUUAUUAUGAUUUAUGUGAUAUUAAUUUAUGUUGGUACUAAUUGUAGCUGCUAUAAUUUAUUUAUUGAGAUUAUGAAAUGAAUUCUAUCCUCAAUAUUAUCAUAAUUUCAUCGUGUUUAUUGGAACAAUGUAUGUAAUCUAUUAAAUUUCCAAAAAUACAUAUAUUUA